GGACUUGGUAUCAUUCGAACACCAAGGAGAGCCUACUGUUGUUUGCGUUUUUUUCCACAAUAUAUCUGCCCGGAGAGGCUGCACAAAAAGCGGAGCUUGGCUAGCUUGUCAUUAUUAAAAAGGGCGUUUGCUUGAUCAUAUUUUAAAUCAAAUCUUAUGGUUUACACCCUUAGCUUAGGCGGACAGCAUCGGCUGUGCAUCAAUGGAGAUACUUUCAAAAACACCCACAGCAGAAUCCGAUCGGUAUAAGGCAUCGCGUUCUUCUCUAGCACCUAGCAGGAGGGUGUCUGACACUUUUUCCCUGUCGUCUUAUAAAACCUAUCCUGCUCACCGAUCUCCCAUCAACACUCCUGCACGUCACAUGUCCCAAACAUUCUCUCAGGAUUCAUAUCGUCCAGCAUCACCCAGCAAAGCUCUUCCAGAGAGCAGCAGUGCAGCGAUCUUAUCUGCCUUGAGGAACCUCCAGGAGAAGAUUAGGAAGCUGGAGUUUGAGAAAGAGCGGGCAGAGUUGAGCCUUUGCACUUUAUUGAAGGACGGACGUCGGCAAAGUGACAACCCUGAGCAGAGACUCCUCGCUGAUGAGGGCAUAAAAAGAAAAACAAGUGAGCAGUCAAACUGUAACCAAGUGCUGAUCACCCACCUUGCGGCUGCAGAGAAUCGUUGUGAGAAGCUGGAAGGACAGUUGGAGCAGAUGAAGAGGAUGUUGCCCAGGACAGAACGCACCAGCUUGCCCAAUCAGGAGGUGAACGCAGUGGCUUUAACAGGGAAACCUGGUACAAGUAGUCAGCAGCCUGAUGGACUGAGCGAGUACGCUCAGGUGGAAAAGCUGGAAAAACUUGAGCAGGAAUAUCUCAGGCUGACUCGCACACAGAAAAAUGCAGAGAUGAAGAUCUGUGCAUUGGAAAAAAAGAUACGAGAAGAGGAGCGCCAGAGAAGGCUCUUUCUGGAUAAAGCCAAUCAGCUACAGACAGGUAUGGAAGCCAACACGAUGUUGCUGCAGUCCGUUUCUCCACGUUUACCUGUCAGACAAUUCAAAGAGAAGAAAUCCAGCUCAAAGCAACCUUCUUCAAAACACCCAGAGCCUCACUACAGACUGAGCCUAAGAGACAUACCAUUUGUCACUGGAACGUCGGUCGCCUCCAGCCACUCAGUCAGAGCCAACGUUCAGGCAGUCUUGUCCCUCCUGAAACGGCACCAGCCUCAUCUCUGCAACAAGCACGUCCUGUCUCGCAACGCAGAUCACUCUGAAACGAGCAGCCAGUCAGACACUUCCUCCACCUCGUCGUCCACUUGCGGAGACGAGCUGUCGGAGCUGCUAGAAGCCCUACAGGAGGAGCUGUGCCUCAUGAGUUUGGAGCACGGCGACUUGAUUAAGCAAAUGGAAGCGAGCGCCUCUGAAGAGGAAAGGGGAACGCUUCAGAUGGAGCAGGAGAGGCUACUGCUGAGAAUGGAGAGUAAAGAAGAACAGAUCAGUAAGCUCUGCAAGCAUAAAUCACAGAUAAAGAAGCUAAGAAAGAAGGUGAAGUCUGAGAAGAACAGUCGAACUGAAGAAAGAUUUGCCACCAGAGGGCGCUCUGAAGCAUCAACUAAAGCUCAACUAGUUGAGAGAAACAAGAAGAACCUGAUGCUUCUGAAAGAGAUGAGGGCUCUGCAAAACUCUUUACAGAUCUGAAACUCACUACAAUAUAUUCAUGACAUAAUCUGUUUAUUGUUUUUGGUGCUGUUCUUCUACCUCUGACUAUUUGUUCCUAUCUGAAUCUGCCUCGUGCUGAAAACCCACUACACACAACAGGAAGAUUCACUGCCUUCAUCUUCUUCAUGACAUUAUUGGCACUUCGGCAGUCGGGUUUUCUGAGUUCUUACUUAGCAAUAGAACAAGGACAUCGACUAAAGUCAAAAGUCCAACAAGGAAAGUCCAAGAUCUUAAAGUUGCCCUCAGUUUAGAAUCUGAGGCGGCUGCCAUUCAUAUAGAAUAUCAUGAAAGUUGCCUGUUACCAAAUAAUUUAUAAUUUUUAAAUUACAGUCCUUAGUAUUGGGUUAUGAUCAGGUUCUUCUUUUUAAAAUGUAGAGUUUUAUUGAAACAGAAAUUGAAUAUUUCCGUUGAGCACCUUUAACUUUCCGCGCUCUGACCAGCAGAGGGGGGGAAAGUGUAGCGACGCACUUCCAGAUUGAUUUUUGAUGUACAAGGGUGAAGAAAACUAAGAGUGCUUUGAUUCUUUUUUUUUUUAUUUUCUUUAAACAGAGUAUAAGAUUGUAUUUUUUAUAUAUAUAUAUACAUAUAUAUAGUUUCUGAUAUCCAUUUACCUUUGCUCUUGUCUUCAAUUAAAUUCAUAAUUGCUCAAAACCUAUAAAGAAGUGCUGGACAUAUCAUCCUCACAUAUUAAAUAAAACUAUCAACAUCAGCUCUCAGAAGACACUUAAUCAUUUUUAACUUUUUAUUAUACUUGUGAUACUUUCUUUUAAGCAUGUAGUCCUUAGCAAAUGUAUUCCACUUGGAUUUUCUUCACAUUUUACAACCUGAUCAUAAUUUUAGGAUCAGUUAUUAUGCGAUAGACCAGAAACAGUAAUCAGUAUAACACAGUAUACAUAAGAACCUGAAGGAAAUGAAAACCAUGUUUCCAUUUGCGCUGCUGUAAGUUUAAACCUUUUCACUUGAAUUAAUUUAUGUUUCAGAUUAAAAAGGGCAGAAUACAGAAGUACGCCACACGUUUGAAUGCUUGUUUUUUUUGUGAGAUAUUUUGAAACCAUGUCUCAUUUUUCUUUCAUUACACAAUUAUCUAUGUCAAUCUCUUCAAAUUCACCAAUUAUUUGUUGUCGAAGCGCAAAAUGUGCUAAAUUUGAAGGGGAAUCUACUCAGUGAUCUGCUGAUGUUUGGAUGUAGCAGAUCACUGACUUUGCUCCAUUUCCUCAGUCCAGUUGAAGCAGCUGUAAACUGGUCUUCAACAGGGGAAACACUGAACUCCAUACAAGACACUAGUUUGCUCAUUCUGCUUUUGAGUUCGACAGUACAGCUUCACUUGUAACUCAAUCACUAGAGAUCC